AAGGCACACACUAUCGGCUUUUUAUCUACAGAUAAUAACACGGGGUGCCGUGAGCUUUAACUUGAGUAUGGUUUGGUAAGGCGACUUGGCGAGACGGAUCGAUCGCGCAAUGCCGUUGGUUAUCUAUGUCUCCCGCUUAUAAAAGUGCCAUGAAAGAACUCUUGAUCAGUUACCAUAUGGUAUCGGGAGAACUCGGUUACACUGUGCGUCUAGAGGAGCUGGAAUUCUGAAAAGUGACAGUUCUACUAAAGGAUGAGACUUGACGUACGGUUCUUCUUGUUUGAGGUUAGGAGAUGGUGGCAUUUAGUUCUCGUGUUCGCGAGUUUAUGUAUCGAUUUAGUGAUCUCACAUCCACAGUGCCUGGACUAUCGGGCUCCGUUUAAUCCAGGAGGCCUGGACUUCUGUACCGAUUAUAACACAUUCGGAUGCUGCACCAAAGAUACUGACUUGACCAUCGGUGUUAAGUAUAGUCGCAUUCUUCAGAAAUUACGCACAAGGACGGAUGUGACCUUGUCUUGUCGUGACUACGUCAAGGCGAUACUUUGCCUCCAGUGUUCGCCUUACGCAGCUCACCUCUACGAGGCGGAAUCCACGCGAGUAAUCAAACCCUUCCCGUCCCUGUGUUCGAACUCCACCCCCAACAAAUACAACUCUUCUGUCAACUCUUACUGCCAGCACUUCUACACUAACUGUUCUUCUGAGAUUAUCAAGUAUAUGACCGAAGAUGAAGAUACGCUCAAUUCUACAAGAACACAAGAAACGUUCUGUUCUGGACUUGUAAAUGAUGAUGUUAACUAUUGCUACCCGGGGAUCCUCUUCGACAGCUCCCUCGAAGAAGAGCUACAGGCCGCCAAGAGUUCCAAAGAAGGCUGCGUCUGCCUAGAGGAGUAUGCGACAGAGUUACGUAAUCCUGUCUUCGCCCGGAACGCCGGAGACGGCAGCGGCUGGUUGUACGUUGGUGAGCAAGGAGGCUUGGUGUUCAUAUACAAAAAUAAGACAAAAGUCAAGGAACCUUUCUUAAAUUUAGUUAACAAAGUGACGACAUCCGACAACAUCGGUGAAGAGCGUGGGUUACUCGGGAUGGCGUUCCAUCCGAAAUUUUCGCAAAAUGGAAAGUUUUACGUUUAUUAUUCUGUCAGUGUUAUUAGUCCUCCCAGCGACAUGAUAAAGGUCAGCGAAUUUAAGGUCCAGAGUGAUAAUAAAUACAAGACGGACCUCUCGUCAGAGCGGGAGAUCAUCAAAGUGGUGCAGCCUUACUGGAACCAUAACGGCGGAGAGCUGAUAUUCGGUGAGGACCAAUACCUCUAUGUGUUCCUUGGUGACGGUGGUUCGGCCGGCGACCCAGAGAAUCACUCGCAAAAUACAUCCAGCCUUCUAGGUAAGGUCCUCCGGUUGGAUGUCAACACAGACCAACAGUACAGGGUGCCGGCCGAUAACCCGUUCGUGAAUAAUAGCAAGUACCGCCCAGAGAUCUACGCCUACGGGUUCCGCAACCCGUGGCGGUGCAGCAAAGACAGGGGUGACCCCGAUCUACAAGCGGACCCAGACAAGGGCAGGAUGAUCUGCGGUGAUGUCGGCCAGAAGAAAUUCGAAGAGAUCGAUGUCAUCGAAAAGGGUGGAAACUAUGGCUGGAAUGCCAGGGAAGGGAUGGAGUGCUACAAUGAGAAGACCUGUAACAAGAUAGGUGAAGAAGUGUAUCCAAUCUUCGUCUACCCCCAUUCAGUGGGGCAAUCUGUGAUAGGGGGAUAUGUCUACCGGGGCUGCCAGAAUCCAAAGCUGAUGGGGAAAUAUAUAUUCGCUGACUUCGUAUCAUCGAAACUAUUUCUACUAAAAGAAAAUAAAUCAUCGAGGAAUUGGUCACACAGCGUUAUAGACAUUUGCGGGCAAGGCAUCUGCACCAACGGAUUGACAUCCAACCAUCCGCCACAUAUCACCUCAUUUGGGGAGGACGAAAGAGGUGAAAUCUACAUGCUAACCAUGGAUAUGGAAAAAAGUAAACAGGGCAUUCUCUCGAAUGGAAAGUUGUUCAAAAUUGUAGAUCCAAACCAACGAGGAAACCCAGCAAAAUGUAAAUCGGCGAUUCCCACUGUGAAACCAAAGGAUGAAGUCACUAGUACUGAAAAGCCUGUGACAGGCAUAGUCACUACUCGGUCAAAUGAUAUAUCGUCGUCAUGUUCAACUGUUCCUACACAACGAAUCAUCCUAACAGCAUUACUAACUGUGAUAUUGGUCUGGGGUGCCUCCAGGUGACCAUGAAUCCUGAUCACGACAGUCAUUAUUGACCGUGACAUAAAAGGAAGGCGACCCAAGGUGCCUGACGUCAUCACGCAACAUACGUGAAAGUGGCAGGAAUCCCAUGCCAUCUGCUGCCAUAAAAGAAUGGGACUUUUUAAGUGUGUGGAACAGUUUGCAAUCAGUAAGGUCAAAUGACGUCUCUUUCAUUUCGUGGUCCGGCUUGCAUUCCUCAGCCCCGUUCUUUGGACACCACUCCACGUGCAGUUUGAAAAGGAGAUUUGAAAUGACUGGCAGUUACGUAUAAAAUAUUAUUGUCGUCAGCUAAUCGAGUCGCCGGCCUUGGUGAAGAUGACCCGUUAUAAAAAUCCCGGGAAACUAUUGGGAUCCGAGGGAGCAGUGGCUACAAUGUACUUUAAGUUAUUUUUCGGAGUCUUGAAUGCUCCAGAACUUUUGUGUUUUGAAGUGAUAUUUGAAUAACAUUGUCAGUAUUUUAACUGAUUGCAAUUAGUGCAAUUGAAACCGAAUGUGUUGAUUUCAUUUCCGUUUAUUGAUUAACCUGUUAAAGGCUUAGGUCUUAAAAGCUGUUGCAGUUCUUGUUGUGAUAGACAGUCAGUUAUGAGUUAUUUAUGCAAGGACUCUAGGCAAUGAACGUUCACAUCGAUUUGCUGCAUUCGAGUACAUACAUGUAACAGUCUGUAAUAAAUAUAUUUUGAUAUGUUUUAGUCUUGAGUAGAAUUUAACAAGAGUAGCACUGCAGUGCAAAGUGUGCUGGUGUCCCUUAAAAUUGACCAGUGAUGCUUAAUUCAGUGUCACAAUGUAGUGAUUACACAUACAUUAAUUUAUUAAUAUGUAUCGUCUGUGCCAAAGCAUGGAAUCAAACAUUCUGUACUAUUUAAUUUCGUAACCCCGAAGAAGUAUUGUGACGGUGUAGAAGUAGAAAAUGUCCCCCUGGGAAGAGUGUCCGGCCCUGUUGUGUUCGGACGGAUUACGGUAUGUAGUUCUAUAGAGGCCAUGACUGUCAAAAGCUCAUAAUGAAUUCUUUAGUUCGCUCCACGGACAUUAAUUCCUAGAACAUUUCAAACGUCUACACUUGGAUUGCAAGUUGAGCAUUGUUGUAAUAUCGUUAUUUUAGUCAAUAAUAAGAUUCGUAUUAUAUACAGUUAAAGAAAUUACACGUGUACAGGAUUCCCGAUGGGAGAGAGUUCAGUUAGCUGUUUAAAUAUAUAUAUUGGAAUCACGGGCAGUUAAAAUGAUAUCCAUAAGAGCCAUAUGAUAUACUAUAGAUGUAUAUAUGUAAAGGUCUUAUAACGAAAUAAUUGUUAAUUUUAGUCGUGAAUGAAAUUAAUGAUAUAUAA